AUGGCGGGGGGAGGGAAGGUGUACUCGUUCCAAGAGGUGCGGAAGCACAGCCAGCGCAAGGAUUGCUGGCUCAUCAUCUCCGGCAAGGUGUACGACGUGACGCCCUUCAUGGAGGAGCACCCGGGCGGCGACGAGGUCCUGCUGGCGUGCACCGGCAAGGACGCGACGGCCGACUUCGAGGACAUCGGCCACUCGGACGCCGCCAAGGAGCUGAUGCCGCAGUACUGCAUCGGGGAGGUCGACGCCGCCACCAUCCCGGCCAAGCUCGCACACGCCGUCCUCCCCGCCAAGGGGGCAGCGGCGGCUCCGGCGCCACGCGCGAGCACGGGCCAGGGCGUCUGGCUAACGGUGCUGCAGCUCGCCCUGCCCCUCCUGCUGGUGGCCAUGGCCUUCGCGCUUCAGAACUUCGCCAAAACCAAAACAGAGUAG